CUCGCACCCCGCCGCCGCCGCCCCCCAACACUCCGGCGCUCCUCUCACCACACCCGCGCCGCCACCCCUCCGAUCGAGAGGAGGAGGAGGAGGCGUCCGCCAUGGCGCUCGCCUUCGACGAGUUCGGCCGCCCCUUCAUCAUCCUGCGGGAGCAGGAGAAGAAGUCGCGGCUGCGGGGGCUCGACGCGCAGAAGGCCAACAUCGCCGCCGGCAAGGCCGUCGCCCGCAUCCUCCGCACCUCGCUCGGACCCAAGGGCAUGGACAAGAUGCUCCAGUCCCCCGACGGCGACGUCACCAUCACAAACGACGGGGCAACUAUCCUGGAGCAAAUGGAUGUGGACAACCAAAUUGCGAAGCUGAUGGUGGAGCUGUCCCGCAGUCAGGACUAUGAGAUUGGGGAUGGUACCACUGGUGUUGUGGUCAUGGCUGGGGCUCUCUUAGAGCAAGCUGAGAAACUGCUGGAACGUGGUAUUCACCCAAUAAGGAUUGCUGAGGGUUAUGAGUUGGCCUCAAGAAUAGCUUUUGAUCACCUUGAGCACAUCUCCCAUAAGUUUGAGUUCAGUGCUACAAAUAUAGAGCCACUGGUGCAGACCUGCAUGACAACUCUGUCCUCAAAAAUAGUUAACCGUUGUAAGAGAACACUUGCAGAGAUUGCUGUGAAAGCAGUACUUGCAGUUGCUGAUUUGGAAAGGAAGGAUGUAAACCUGGACUUGAUUAAAGUGGAAGGUAAGGUCGGUGGGAAGCUGGAGGAUACUGAGCUAGUAUAUGGAAUCAUUGUUGACAAAGAUAUGAGCCACCCUCAAAUGCCAAAGAGGAUUGAGGAUGCUAAGAUCGCCAUCCUGACCUGCCCAUUUGAGCCCCCGAAGCCUAAGACAAAGCAUAAGGUUGACAUUGAUACUGUAGAGAAGUUCCAGACGCUGCGGGAGCAAGAGCAAAAAUACUUUGAUGAAAUGGUUCAGAAAUGCAAGGAUGUUGGAGCAACCCUAGUUAUUUGCCAAUGGGGCUUUGAUGAUGAAGCCAAUCAUUUACUGAUGCAUAGAAAUUUGCCAGCUGUCAGAUGGGUUGGUGGUGUUGAAUUAGAAUUGAUUGCCAUUGCUACAGGAGGGCGGAUCGUUCCAAGAUUCCAAGAGUUGAGUCCUGAAAAGCUUGGGAAGGCUGGAAUAGUCAGAGAGAAAUCAUUCGGGACAACAAAAGAUCGCAUGCUUUACAUUGAACAGUGUGCCAACUCCAGAGCUGUAACUAUCUUCAUUCGUGGUGGCAACAAAAUGAUGAUUGAGGAGACAAAGCGAAGUCUUCAUGAUGCUCUUUGUGUUGCAAGGAAUCUUAUCCGUAAUAAUUCAAUUGUGUAUGGUGGUGGCUCAGCAGAAAUAUCUUGCUCAGUUGCCGUUGAAGCUGCUGCAGAUCGGUACCCAGGAGUUGAACAGUAUGCAAUCAGGUCAUUUGCUGAUGCAUUGGAUGGUAUUCCACUAGCCUUAGCUGAAAACAGUGGUUUGUCGCCAAUUGAUACACUGACAGCAGUGAAAUCUCAACAAGUAAAGGAAAGCAAUCCUCAUUGCGGCAUUGAUUGCAAUGAUGUUGGGACAAACGACAUGAAAGAACAAAAUGUUUUUGAAACACUGAUAGGCAAGCAGCAGCAGAUCUUACUGGCAACCCAGGUGGUGAAGAUGAUUCUCAAGAUCGAUGAUGUUAUCUCGCCUUCUGAUUACUGAUUAUGCUUGGGAAGACUAUGGAGUUUACUGUGGUAGGCUUUGGUGACAAGCAUUCCAGUAGGCUACAUUUUGUCGGCCAAUCGGGUUUUGGUUUGUACUAUUACACCAUGAAUUGCUUUGCCCGUGCUGUUUGGUGAGCUAUCUUGUUCGUGUGAAUUACCUUUUGGUACUAUAUUUUCCUCACCAGCACUUAGUAUAGCUUGAGACAAUCGCACAAACCCCUUUGAAAUUGGUCUAGAAGUUUAAGUGGAUCAAGCUCAAGCUACCAUUUUCUCUUGUACCCGCACAGAUUCUUAGUUGCUUAAUAGGUUGCGCGCUGUGGUU